AUGUUCAAGAGAAAUGACCAUUUGGUGUCUCAAGAAAGGUUAUACAAGGAAAGGGUUCCAUUCAGACGUAUGCACGCAAAAUAUUUGAAAGUGGUGCAUUGUCCAAUAACUUAUCUUCGAGUCAUCGAUCGUCUCGGAGUCGGGGCUGGACCUACCGUUAAAAUAUUACGAGGAGGACUUUUAAGAAACCACGUAUAUUUGUACAUAAUAUCUCAAAAAAAUCAACCUAUUUCAGUCACAAUUUAUAUAGGCUGCGAGAAUAAAGCCACGACAACUACUACUGUUAAAGUUACAAAAGAAGAGGCAGUAACAGAUAGUCAUGAUUCUGUAACAGAUAAUAAUGAUAGCCAGACAAAUUCUAGCACUGAUUCUUCAGAUCAAAGUUCUGCUAGUGACCUUAGUACUUCAAGCGGACUUGUACAGUCGACCUAA